AUGGGUAUUCUAGACAAUUUAAGCUUGCAGAAUGUAAGCGAUGAUGAUUUACUGCAUUUAAUCAAAGAAAAGGAGAAGCUUAUUGUUCUAUUUUCAAAAGCAAACUGUCCAGCCUGUGAUAAAUUUGAAGACCAAUUAGAAAGUUUAAAUGAAGACUUUAAGAAACAUCUCAAUGUAUUUACAGUAAAAACAGAGAACAGUAAUUUAGUUCGUCUCUAUAGCCCAAGCAAAGAACCUGCUGUUGUCUUCUUUAGGCAUGGAGUUCCGCUUUUAUAUAAUGGUGAACCAGAUGAAAAUGAAAUUUAUGGCUUUUUUGAGAAAAACCAAUCCCCUGCUGUCAAGGAACUCACAGACAAAAUAUUUGAGCAUAUGACACAAGCAGCUACAGGAGCAACAACAGGCGAUUGGUUUGUCAUGUUCUAUGGUGCAUCAUGUGUGGAAUGUCAAAGGUUACAUGCUGUUUGGGAAAGUGUGGGAGCUACUUUACGUGGUCGUGUUAAUGUUGCUAGAGUUGAUGCCAAUUUAGCUGGGUCAAAUACGGCCAAGCGUUUCAAGAUCUCUAAACUGCCUUCUUUUCUUUUCUUCCGCUUAGGCAAAGUCUACAGGUAUGACCUUCCAAAACAUGAUGUCAUUUCUUUUGUGUCAUUUGCACAAGAUUGGUACAGAAAUUCCAAAGCAGAAGCUGUACCUCUCCUUGCUUCACCUUUUGAUGAUGUGGUGGAUUGGUGUGUUGAAAUUCUCAAGUAUUACAUUGCUUAUGGAUUAGAAAUAUUAGCAAUAUAUCCAUGGAUCUGGCAAAUUGGAUUGGCAGGAUUCAGCUUAGUGGCCAUCACAGCAUUGAUUGCCAUUGUCAAAGCCGGAAAAACUAAGCCCAAAGAAGUCAAGAAAGAGAAAAAGAGUAAA